UUGCUUCUACAAUGUUUGCUAGACAGGUCAUUCGUCCGGCGCGACAGCUGCAACAGCAUGUCCGCCGAUAUGCCUCUGAAGCACCUCAGAGCGGCGGCAGCAGCAAUGGCGCUCUCUAUGUUGGAAUUGGUGCAGCCGGCCUUGCUGGUGCCUACAUCUACAUGAGGGGCGGCAAGCCAGCAGCGCCGCUAUCAGAGGAGGCGAACAAGGUUGCUGCGAAGGUUGGCGGCGCAAGCAAGAAGGCUUUCACUGGUGGCGACCAGGGCUUUAUCUCGCUCUUGUUGGAUAAGUCGGAGGUAGUCAACCACAACACCAAGAAGCUCACCUUCAAGCUGCCGGAGCCUGACAUGGAGAGCGGUCUUCCCGUUACCUCCGCCGUCAUCACGAAGUACAAGGGCCCAGAAAUGGAGAAACCCGUCAUCCGACCGUACACGCCCGUCAGCGACGUCGACCAGCAGGGCACCGUGGACUUCAUCGUCAAGAAGUACGAGAAAGGGCCCAUGUCGAGCCACAUGCACAACAUGGAGCCUGGCCAGCGGCUAGACAUCAAGGGACCAAUCCCCAAAUACCCAUGGUCCCCAAACAAACACGAACACAUUGCACUGAUCGCCGGAGGAACUGGCAUCACACCCAUGUGGCAGACCGCGCGCGCCAUCUUCAAGAACCCCGAGGACAAGACCAAGGUCACACUGGUUUUCGGCAACAUCUCCGAGGAGGACAUCCUGCUCAAGAAGGAAUGGGAGCACCUCGAGAACACCUACCCUCAGCGAUUCAGGGCCUUCUACGUCCUCGACAACCCACCUGAGUCGUGGCAAGGUGGCAAGGGCUUCAUCACCAAGGAGCUGCUCAAGACUGUCCUUCCUGAGCCCAAGGAGGGCGAGAAGGUCAAGAUCUUUGUCUGCGGUCCUCCUGGCAUGUACAAGGCCAUCAGCGGUGGCAAGAAGAGCCCAUCGGACCAGGGCGAGCUGGACGGAUACCUGAAGGAGCUUGGAUACAGCAAGGACCAGGUCUACAAGUUUUAGAUUGUCAACUUAGAAGCGCUGUACGAUAUAUCUGUCAUCUAGUGAGACUUCGAUACCACCAAGCGCUCAAUGUCACGAGCUUAACAACA